AGAACUGAGCAGUUGGUGAGUUACCAGGUUUUUAGCAAAGAUGAAGGGAGUCUUAAAUUUAGUGUUCCUGUGUCUUUUUGCGGAUUUUACAGAUGCCGCCGUUACUGGGUGGACAGCUACCGGGUUCACUGUAACGGCUGGAAGCGGUGCAUCAGUCACGUUGAAGAAGACUGCUAAAGUAGCGGAGACAAAAACAGCUGAUACCGUUAUAAUGACCUUGACCGCAGAACCCUCUGCCACGUAUACCUACGCCUUUACAGCUGCUGGGAACCCUGGUAGCGUGGCAAAAUUUACGGCGGCGUCGGCUACAGCUGCAGAGAUAAAAGUGGAUACGGGAAAAUCCAUUGAUUACGAAACAACGCAGUCACUUGUUUUUGUUGUUACUGCUACACCUGCUACUGCUGGUGCUACUGUCGGCACGGCCACUGUGACUGUAGAUAUCCAGAACGUGGUCGAGUUCAGCGGUACUCAUUAUGUUGCGUGCGUCGCUGAUAAAGCAACUGCCGGUACAACGGUUGGAACAUAUACUGUAGCAGAUAAAGCCAGCGGUGACACGAUCGCCUAUACACAUUCGCCGACGACAGAUUUUGACUACGCCUCAGCGACUGGAGUGGUGACCGUAAAAACCACACGUGACAUGAAAACACUGGGGGGUCAAGCGCUCACCCUGACAGCGACCCCUGCUGCUGGCAGCACCUCUGCCGUCACGGCGGGUACCACAACGCUGUGGAUUGCCAUUGGAACCUGUACCAGCAGCGCCCUGCAGAUCACGGCCAUGUUGGGAAUGGUGAUGCUGUCAUUUGCGACUGCAUUGUGCCUUUAAAUUUUCAAUUUCUUUGCAACAUAAAGACUGGAGCAAACGAAUAAAUAUUGUAGACAUUGUUUUUCCAUUUUGAAUCCUCCAAGAUAUUGAUUUAUCAAACGACACCAAACAAACGAACAUUUCUGAUUUUUAAAUUAUACAAUCCGUAAAUGUAAUUAUGUGUUUUAAUCUUCUGUAUUAAUUUCGAAUGUUAUAAGAUAUUUUCAUUUGGAACAUUAUGUUUUUUUUCUAUUUACUAACACA